AUGUUUGAAACAAGAGCUGCAGAAAAUGCUACAGAAAUAUCGCAAAAUGAUGAUGCAUCUCCAACGGUCAUUGAAAUAAACUAUGGAACAACAACGAAAUUGGUGACAAUCACAACGCCUACCGGUACUGCAACUAGUACACCUACCAGGUCGUCUGCAAGUACAAAUACAAAUACAACACCCUCGGCUUCAUCCACCCACAUCACUCGCAUAGUAAUUCUAGUAGUAACAGUCGUCUUAUGCAUACCCUGCGGACUACUUUUGCAGAGAUAUAGACGACAUGGCUAUUUCUUUAAGCCUCCAAAGAAACCGGAACGAAAGCCAAUUGAUACGCACCCUCAGAUUGCAGAGUUGCCUCAAGGUGGAUAUCACGAGACGACGGAAUUGAUGGCGGAGGAUUCGCCGGGGGAAAUGGAAUUGGGUGGUCAUCAUGAAACGGUUGAGAUGGAGGGUUCUUUUUUGCAGCCGAAGGAGAUGCCUGCGAAGGAAUCGACGAGUAUGAAGUGGGGGACUACGAGCCCGGAGAUCCAAGGGUUUGAGAGAAAAAGGGGGAGUAUGGAGAUUUCGCCUUGUUGAACUUUCGUGUUUGUGUUGGGAAAGAGCGGGAUGAUAGUCUCGGGGACCUAGAAUGAUAUGGAAGUAGCUUUGAGAGCGAGCUGUAUAGCUCUUCCUAUGAUUGAAUGAAUGGAAAUACCCAGCGUGGAAAGUUAGGCUUGUGAUUAGGUGUUGCGUACAGAAGGGUUUACAUAUAACGAAUCAGCAAUCUCCAUUGUUGUCCGAGAGGACUUGAAUUAUCAGGAACUUCCCAGAUCAUCUUACUCUAGCGAUAUCUAGUCU